AUGGAUUCAAAAGUUCGUCGAUUAUCCUACAAUCAGGCAAAUUGCUCACCCGAGUUCUAUUCACGGGAUUUCGUCAAAACAAACACAAAGAACGGCUCGAUGAAGAUAAACGACGAGAAAAAUGGGAAACUAUUUGCGGCUGACGGUUGCUAUUUGCUGGAUCGUGAUGAUGAGGACGUCGGCGAGAAGCAGUUUCACGAAUUUCAACAAGUGCUCAAGUGGAUGGGCUUUCUUGUGGAUGUGAAAUCAUGCAACGAGCUGCCUUUUCUUCAGCGCUUAUGGCUUUGCUUUUUUCUUCUCAUUAGUAUUUAUUCUGUCAUCUUUGAUCUCUUUUUUCUCUUUUCCGACUUUCACGCAAAUCUCGCCCCAAGCACGAUGGUUGUGUCGGCGAUCACCUUUCAAUCGUCACUCUCUUUGAUUUUCCUACUUCGUUGGCAGAAAAAUCUCAAAUUUCAACACUUUUUUCACAUGUAUAAACACUCAAAAAUUCGAGGUGUUGACGAGCUUAACGAGUCACAGAAACGGAUUCAUUCCGGCAAUCGAAAGCUAUUUUGGGGACUUCAGAUCUACAGCCUCAUCACGAUGCUCGUCUUUUAUCUAGCCAUCUGGAGUGGAUUGUUGGCUAAACUCGUUCAUCCGUCCUUUUUCCGACUUUUUUAUUAUCCUCAAUUUAUCCACGUUCGACCACUACUUUUCGUACUUUACUUAUCACUAGUCGUCUACAACCUUGCCACUUAUUUGUGUCUAACGAAUGCAUUACAUUGUGAAUUAAAGAAAUACAAUUAUAAAAUUGAUCAGUUAAACAACUCCCCAAGUGAGUCAAUAAGGGCAAAUUUGGAGGCCCUCAUCCACGAGCACACCCAGAUCACAAAGUGCAUUCAAACGAUGGACGAGUUGUAUAAAGUCUUUGCUUUUUCGGUGACAGCUUGUGUGAUCCCGUUGACGAUUUUUGUGCUCACUCUCGUCCUUACACGGUCAAAUCUGAUGGAGUUAUUGAUUAGCCUCCCCACCGUAGGCUUUUGUAUGUUUGAGCUAUAUGCAAUCAUGUACUCGUCGAGGAUAUCGGAUGAACUAAAUAAAUCGAAAACGCUUCUCUGUAUGAAUCACAGUGUUUGGCUACCAUAUGAGGAGAGUCUCAACAAGAUUGCCCUCACCCUGGCCAUUCAUCUCGAUCAGCCUGAUCUCGGCAUAACUCUCUGGGGUUUCACCCGAGUCACCAAGCCGCUCAUUCUCACGAUGGUUUCCGGUAUGAUGACUUGUCUUGCGUUUCUUCUCGAUUUGAAACCAAGUGACGAGCAUUCAACUAGUUGUGAUUGUGCCUUGAAAAAAACGAAUGAUAUAAACAUU